AUGCCCAGGAAACCCAAUCUCCUCAACCAGAGCGGCCUACAAUUCCUGAACGCAAGCUAUUGCUCGCACUUCCCCGCCCAGCGGCACCGCUCCCAGCGCUACGCCACCACCAGCAGCACCAACCCCAACCCCAAAUCUCACGACCUAACAUGGCCAACCAGCCCAACCUUCACCCCAUACGACCUCUUUCACUUGGACCGAAAAGCUCCCUACAGCAAAACACGAUACUAUGAACUCGUGAAGAUUUACCACCCGGACCGCUCCUCGAGCAGCGGCAGCACCGGCACCGGCACCGGCACCAGCACCAGCAACCACCAGCAACACCCCCUCCUCCAAAACCUCACCCCGGAGGUCCGCAUCCAACGAUACCACCUCCUCGUCGCCGCGCACGAACUCCUCUCCGACCCCGCCCGACGAGCAGCGUACGACCAAUUCGGCACGGGAUGGAACGUCCACCGCCCGGACCGCCAUCACGCUGCCGCUGACGAGCACCCCGAAAACGAGGUCCCGCCGUGGGCCCGCCCGGGCUCCAAGGACUACGGGCCCAUCUUCGCCAACGCCACCUGGGAGGACUGGGAGCGGUGGCACAACCGCCACCAAGGGCGGCAGCAGCACAUGGUGGACAACCGGACGUUCAUCUCGUUUGUGGUGCUGCUCACGCUGCUGGGCGGGGCGCUGCAGGCGUCGUGGAUCAGUCAGCUGAGUAGCGGCUAUGAGGAGCGGUUGUGGGAGGUCACGGAGCAGUCGGAGCGGUUCCUGAAUGGGCGCCGGGAGAAGUCCGUCGUCGCGGAGCGGGGGAAGGGGCUAGAUGAGAAGGUGCAGCGGUUCUUGUUGGAUCGGGAUCCCACCGGGUUGGGAUUGAAGGAGGAGGAAGGGGAGGUUUAUCGGGGGGUUUUGGGGAAGAAUGGUGGUCGUGGGAAGGGACGUGGUGCGAAGGUCGAUGCUGGUCCUGCUGUUUCUUCUGGGGGUGCUGCUGCUGCUAGUGCUGCUGCUGCUGGUGCUGUGGAGGCUGGUGUUGGGGUCCAGGAUCAACCGUCUACUUCUCCAUCGGGAGAGCCGGAGACGGCUCCCUGA